CUGAGGCUGAGGCUGAGGCUGAGGCUGAGGCAUCGUUUUCACUUUUCCCCGCUCCUUUGUUAGGCAACCCUGGUUAAGUUAACUAACCCGAGUAGUCCAUGUCGAAAACACCCCUAACCCUGGGAACGAAUCACCCUUCACCCUUCACCCUCUCUCACGGGAUCUUUAUAAGCGGCCUCCGAGACUCGCUAGGUUUGCCAAACCAAUCCCCCAAAGGGGUCCUUAGAGACUCUUCAAUCUCUCUCUCAAUGGCUUCCUCGUCUUCCAGAACCAAGUCAAGUGGGCCAGUCCUCCGCUCCCUCUCACCCUCCACCAGAUUCUGCUCCUACACCACCUCCAAAACCCCCUUCUCCUCCCCCUCAUCGGCCUUCGCUUCCUCCACCUUUUCUUCUCCCUCCUCCACCUUCUUCCACCAUCCACGUCACCACUCUCACCACCGUGCGGCAUCGCCCACACGUGUCAAUCUAUACACCCCACCCCCUCUAUCCUCCGGCGGCGUCCGCUUCUCCAUCUCCCCCAACCGCUCCAUCUCCCCCAACCGCUCCAUCUCCAACCAGAUCAUCACCAAGAACAACCGUCCCAUCUCAGGGCAGAAGAAGACCUGUAUGUGCUCGCCCACCACCCACCCCGGCUCCUUCCGAUGCAGCCUCCACAAGAACUCCUCCAACGCCCACCACGCCGAUUCCUACCCCUCCAACCGCCUCAACAUGCGCAGAUCCGCCAUGAAGAACUCGCUCGUCCGGAUCGGAGGCGUCGAGGGCGAGUGGGUCAAAAGGGCCUUAACCGCUCUCAUCCGCCCCAGUUCGCAUCAGCAGAGGAGAAGGGCCGCCUUCGAGCCCAGGCCCAGUCGUCUCUCGGUCAUGUCCAAGGCCCAGGAUCCUUCAUUUUUCUAAACUUUUUUUCUCUUUACAGGUUCUCUACCCAGGUAGCGCCCAGUUUUGAUUUCACCGUGCCGGAUUCCCGCCAUAGAUCUCUCAUACUCCACCUACACAAUUGCUUUUGUACAUAACUUUUGCUAUGGAAGCAAACCAGAGUUUUCGACCCUUUUUUCUACCUUC